CAACUUCGCUGUACUAAAUACGGCCCGUUGUUUUUUCAGUCAUGAAGUUUCAUAUAAAACGAAAACACACUGAAAUUUUAUUCCUUGUCUGAUUGUCAAAAGUUUCACAACAACAUUUUAUCAAACAAUUUCAAGUUUUGCAUUUUUUGUGUUUCAAAAAUGGUGAAAGUGCCGAGCAUUUCUAUGAAUAAUGGCUUGAGUAUGCCGGGAUUUGGUUUGGGAACUUAUGAGUCUUUUGGGGAAGCUGGAAGAGCUACAAAGCACGCAAUUGAUGUUGGUUAUCGACAUUUCGAUACUGCACGUUUGUAUGAGAAUGAAGAGGAAGUUGGAAAGGCCAUUCAAGAAAAAAUCAAAGAAGGUGUUGUAAAACGUGAAGAAAUUUUUAUUGUUACCAAAUUGUGGAAUACCGACCAUGAACCGGAAAAGGUUGAAAAAGCAUGCCGAAAGAGCUGUGAGAAACUUGGCCUGGGAUAUAUUGAUUUGUAUUUAAUGCAUUGGCCAGUUGCAUUCACAGAACGUACUCCUUAUGAAUAUUGGCCAUUGAAUGACGACGGUCAAUAUGAUAAUGCUGACGUUGAUUUUCUGGACACAUGGAAGUCAAUGGAGAAACUUGUCGACCUGGGACUCGUCAAAAGUAUUGGAAUAAGUAAUUUCAAUAGUCAACAAAUUAAACGCUUAUUGGCAAACUGUCGCAUUAAACCUGUAAACAAUCAGAUUGAGUGCUCGCCGCAAAUCAACCAAAAGAAAUUGAUAAAGUUUUGUCAAGAUCGUGAAAUUAUUGUUACUGCAUACUGUCCAUUGGGACGACCAAUUCCGGCCGACAAGAAGCCCGGAUUUUUGUACGACGCUAAACUUGGCGACAUUGCCAAAAAGUAUAACAAAACCAUUCCUCAAAUCGUUUUUCGCUUUCUGCUUGAUAUUGGAGCAGUUCCAAUCCCCAAAUCAGUUACUCCAAGCCGAAUUGAAGAAAAUAUUAGCGUUUUCGAUUUCAAAUUAACCAGCGAUGAAAUUAAAUACAUCGAUACAUUUAAUACCGGCGAACGAGUGCUGGAAUUCACCGAAGCGCGCAAUGACAAAAACUUUCCAUUUGGCAUUGAAUUCUAAAAUAUGAAAUUGUUUUCUGUCUCGUUUUUAGACCAACCAUCUAGUCGUUUUAUCAAGUUAAUUACAAUUAUCACAAUGUAUUUAAAGUGCAAUGUUGAAUAUAAAAUAAAUUAAAAGAAAACAAAAUGGAA